CGGCCGUGCGGGAGCGUGCGUGGCGGCGGCGGGGGGUCCCGGCCCGGCUCCCCCGCUAUGGCCACGUCCCCGUGCAGCAGUAGCGGCGUCUCCUCGUCGUCCUCGUCGGGACUGGGCGCGGACGCGGGGCUGGAGAUCCGCACGCGCUCCGUGGAGCAGACGCUGGUGCCGCUGGUGUCGCAGAUAACUACUCUUAUUAAUCAUAAGGAUAAACCAAAGCGUUCAGACAAGACUCUGCAAGCAAUUCAGCGAGUGGGCCAAGCAGUUAACCUGGCAGUGGGAAGAUUUGUUACAGUGGGUGAAGCCAUAGCCAACGAAAACCAUGAAUUGAAAGAGGAAAUGAGUGUUGCUUGCAUUGAGGCAAGGAGAGCAGGUGAAACAAUUGCACAGCUUACAGAUGUGGCAAGCUUGGAUCAUCCAGAAUCUGAUAGCCAUAUAACAAUCUUUACAGACAAAACGGGUGUGGUAAAAGCUGCAAGAUUGUUGCUUUCUUCUGUCACAAAGGUGCUGGUGUUAGCAGACAGAAUUGUUAUAAAGCAAAUUAUAACUUCCAGAAACAAGGUUCUUGCAACAAUGGAACAACUAGAAAAAGUUAGUAGUUUCCAGGAGUUUGUACAAAUAUUCAGCCAGUUUGGAAAUGAAAUGGUAGAGUUUGCCCAUUUAACUGGAGAUCGUCAAAAUGAUUUGAAGGAUGAGAAGAAAAAGGCUAGAAUGGCAGCAUCUAGGGCUGUUCUUGAGAAGUGCACCAUGAUGCUCCUGACUGCUUCAAAGACUUGUCUGCGGCAUCCAGACUGUGAAUCUGCUCGUGUUAACAAAGAUGGAGUUUUCCAUCGGAUGCGACUAGCUUUGGAACAGGUAAUAGAAAUUGUAACUGACUCGCGACCAAAUGGAGAAAAUGAAAUGGCCCCCAUCAGCAUAUAUUCUGGCAUCAAAGAAUUCAAGAAUAAGGUGGAGGGUCUUCGUGAGAAUCUUUAUUUUCUCUCAAAAGAGAACCUUUCGACAAUGCUGGAAGUUAUCCUGGAACAUACAGAAGACUUCACAGACUCUGCUUAUACCAGUCAUGAGCACAGAGAACACAUUUUGGAGCUGUCUAAACAGGCUAAAAUGGAACUAGAGCAGCUGGUUUCAGUGUGGAUGCAAGCUCAAAACCAGAAGACAAAGGAUCUCAUGGAAGACUUGGAAGUAGCCAUUCUAAAAACAUGCCAGUGCAUGAAUGAACUUAAAAGAGAGGUCCACAGUGCAGCAACAUCUUUGGCAGCAGAUCUUCUAAAAUACCAUACAGAUCAUAUGGUUCUCAAAGCAUUAAAAAUCACAGGAGUAGAAGGAAAUCUUGAAGCUGUAGCAGAAUAUACUUGCAAGCUAUCAGAGCAGAAAGAACAACUUGUUGAGAUGUGUCGCUUAUUGAGGCAUGUUUCUGGAACUGAGCCCCUUGAGAUUACUUGCAUACAUGCAGAAGACACCUUUCAGGUCACUGGCCCACAGAUAAUUUCUGCUGCAGAAACACUGGCAUUACACCCAUCUAGCAAGAUUGCAAAAGAAAACCUUGAGGUGUUCUGCGAGGCAUGGGAGUCUCAACUGAGUGACAUGUCUUUAUUAUUGAGAGAAAUUAAUGAUGUGUUUGAAGGAAGACGAGGAGAGAAGCGUGUCUACCUGUCACUGCCCAGACCAGGGAAGCAUAAUGCAAAUCUGAAAGCAUUAAAGCCAGUCAAACUAGAUACUGAGGAACAGGCAAAAAUUGCAAAACUUGGAUUAGAAUUGCAUCUGCUCACAUCUGAUGUGGAUUCUGAGACAGAGAAAUGGGAAGAUCAGGAGAAUGAGAUCGUGCAGCAUGGACAAGGCAUGUCAAGUAUGGCCUACUCCAUGUAUUUAUUUACCAGAGGAGAAGGACUUCUGAAAACUACUCAAGAUUUAUUUCAUCAAGCAGAGAUUUUUGCCACAGAGGGCACAAAGCUUGCUUCAGCUCUUCAUGCUUUUUCUGAUCAGGUACACGAGGAUGACAAGCCUUUGCUUCUGUUGGAGGCUGAAAAACUCAUCUCUGUGUGCAGGCAGCUCCAGAUAACAGCUAAAGCUUCUGCUCAGGGAAAAAGUGCUACGUUUACAAAGGUUGAUGCAUGCAUUCUGAAAACAAGGAAUGUGAUGACUCUAUUAUGCCAACUUCUUCCACUUUGCUUCAAAUUACUGAGAAAGAAUAAAGCAGGAAAUGGUUGCCUUAAACCUGCUCCACCAUGGAAAGAAGACAGAAUACGAACUGGUACAAAUGCACAUACUCCAGAAAGGAGAGCGGAGACAUUUGGCAUCAAGUCUUUAGAAAACCAUGUAACAAACAUGACGUUUUUAGAGAGCAAGUAAUUACAGCACUGAGAAAUGCAGGAACUCCCAUUUGAAAAUAACACUUCCUGAAUUUUCAAUAUUGCUUUCAUUUGUGGAAAGUCAAGCCAGGUUAAUUUGAAAUGAAACUGUUGGCCUUUGUCACAUCUAAUAGAUGUCCCAUUACUUAGCUAUUACAACACCAACUAGUUAAAUCUUCUGUAUUUUUAUAAUGUGAAUGCCUUUCCUAUGCUCACUGAUACCGAUUUUGUAAUUAAUGCUUAUGAAUGUCUUACUGGAUGUUUCAGCCCAAAGAUGCUGCUAAUAGACAUUUUAUGUAAA